AUGUAUCAAAGGCAUUGUAUUUUAUCAAAUUAUAUGAUGGCAAAAACAAAUCAUUCUGAUAUUAUAUUAUUUUUAGAUGCUGACAUGGCAAUUAUUAAUCCAAAUCAAUUAAUUGAAGAUUAUAUGCAAAAAGAUAAUGAAGAAAUAAUAUUUUAUGAAAGAAUGUAUAAUCAUGAAAUUAUGGCAGGAAGUUAUUUUAUAAGAAAUAAUUAUUAUGGACAUAAAUUUUUAAAAAAUUGGGCUAAUUAUGAUUUUUUAAAACCAAAAAGUUUUGAUGGUAGUGAUAAUGUUGGUCUUCAUAAUGUUUUAAUUGAUAUGUUUAUAACAAAAGAUGUCAAAAAAGACUAUAAUAAUUGUAAAAAAUUAUGGAAACUAAGUAGAAAUUAUAAUGAUAUACGUAUAUAUAUUGCUUGUUUAAGAGUAAUAUUAAAUAAUAAUAAUGAAAAAAUUGUUGAUAGUAAAAAUUUAAAUAGUUAUGAAAGUGAAUAUUAUUCAUAUGACAAAGGUAGAAUAAGUAUUGUUAAAAAAUUAAGUAAAAAAAAAUGGGCAAGAGAUAUAUGGUUAGAAAAUUCAAAAUGGUCUACACAAGAUUUUAUUUUACAUGAUGUAAAAUUAAAAAAUUUAAAUAGUAAUACAUUUAGAAUGUGGAUUUCACCUUGGAAAAUUUUAAAUUUUAAUGUUUAUAAAUGUAAUGAUGACAAAUACUAUGAAAAUUGGACAUAUAAUAUUGAAUUAAUUAAAAAAAAAAAAUACAUGAAAUUACAAUUAAGAGAAUAUUUUUUUAGUGUUGAUAAUAAAUUUAGAAAUGAUGUAAAACAUGGAAAAAAAUUAAUAUCAUUAUAUAAAUUUAUUAAAAAUAAUUAA